AUGCCAGAUAUACCAAGCGACGAUGAGGACUCAAGAAUCGCCUCCCUAGGCGCCCAGCGCAACCGUGGAAGCGCAAGCGCAAAUGCCAGCAGAAGCGGAAGCAACAAUUCCUCACGACACGCCUCCCACGAACCACCACACAAACGUCGCCGGCGCGGUCGUGGCUCACAAUCUGCUGAUGUGCAGGAUUUCGUUCCAAAAGGCGGAAAGUUCAGCGCACAUUCGCUAGAGGUUGAUCCAGGCACGGAGAGUACGUCGGCGUCAGAGUCGGAUUCCGGCUCAGGCUCGGAAGACUCGUCUUCGUCUUCGUCUUCGUCUGAAAGUGAGAGCGAGAGCGAGAAUGAUAUCGAGAAGGGCGUGAGAUCUGACGUGGGAAGUGCGAAUGCGAGCGCGCCGGCGCCGAACUGGAAUAAAACUGGCAGAGGCGUUAUUCGAACGUCUUUGCGUAGUCGGCAAAAUGGGAACGCAAACACAAAUGCAAAUACGGGAUCAGAAUCACAACCCGCAGCGGCGAAUAAGUCUGAGUUUGUGAAUGGGACACACGGAGAAAGUCGGAGCUCGUCUGUUGCGCCGGGCGAGGAAGAAAAAGGGUCAGACCAAGGGGAAGAUGUUACAGCGGCACCUGCUGAAAACGACGUUCAAAUGGAGGAGGGCGAGGUGAAUGGAGACCAUGAUAGUACCGCAGGCUCUCAAUCACCUAUGUCUGCCGAUUCGGAUGAUUCUGAGUCUCUGGAUUCAGAAGCAGAUGAUUCCAUCUUGUUGAAUAUUGGUUCUCGGGGCCAUGGUCGAAGCCAGAAUGACGCUAUAUCUAUAUCCGAUGACGGCGAGGCCGACGAUUACGACCCCGAAACUCUACCUAUUUCACAGUCGGCCGGUCCAGUGGACAUAUUCGAUAACCGGAACGGGACACCGAAUGGAUCUGCUGCCGACUCGAAGGAGAGUGCGCUCCUUCGUUGCGCGCAGAAAUAUCCCAAUGCGCCUUCUACCCUAGCCGACCUAUGCCAGGAGGACAUGGAACUGCAAGCUAAAAUUGUGUUCUACGAUCGACAUAUCAACGAUAUCAAUUUGCAGCUACCGAUUGUGUGCAUGGAAUGUUUGCGGGAGGGCCAUCUCACUGAGGUCUGUCCAACAAAAGAGUGCGUCCACUGCGGCGCCUGGAACAAGCACCAAAGUACCCUUUGCCCAAAGUGGCGAAGAUGUCAACGAUGCCGCGAACGUGGGCAUGACCAGAAGCAGUGCCCAUCUGCCUUGAAAAGCUCCGCGUCAGAAAUCCCGUGCGACUUAUGCGGUUCCUCGGAACACCUCGAAUUAGACUGCGAUUUCUUAUGGAAAUUGCCACGGCAGGACACAACCGCGGCGCCAGUCCUCGUCUCUGUAUCCUGCGCCCAUUGCACAAGCAACCGCCACUUAAUAGGCGACUGUCCCUCCCUUGCGCGCCCAUUCCUAUCAUCAUCAUUCACUGUCCGUGGAAUUGACCCUAACUUAAUCACAAACAUCAACUCCGUUGUGAAUCCCAAACGUGGUGGUCCGCCUCCAAGCGGACCCUCCGGCGGGCAACGCGGCAUGAAAAUCAGAGGCCGAGCAGACCAUGCUCGUUCACCAUCGCCAGAUAGCGAUGAUAUGAUGUCGAUGUCUAUGUCUCGCGGCGGUAACGCUAGAAGGGGCGGACCUGGCGGCAACCGAAACGCAAACAGGGGCAAUAUCAACAUCCGGAUUGGUGGGAAGAACGGGCCACCGCCAGCCCGGGAUUAUCGCGAUCGUGACGAUCCUAGAGGCUAUAACCCGCGGCAGCGCUCUAUGUCCCCUGGCCGGGAUAGAGGGAGGUCCACUCGUGGACGAGGAGGUUAUCAACCGCCCUCAAGGUCUCCGUCGCGUGGACAGGGCCGUCCUGCUGGUCCUUCUGGUCCAUCCCGCCCAGGUAGAGGUGGCCGUGGAGGUGGACGAGGCGGUGGUGGGAAACGCGGUGGCGGAGACGCCUACCGACCCAUGCCAAGUGCGUCUAAGAAGGCCUGGGAUAAAUACCGACUUUGA